ACCGGACGCAUGCGCCAGCCAUUCAGUCAAAGGCCUGCGAGGCUGCAUCCUUUGAAUUUAGAAUUUUCUCCAGAGGAUGCUUCGCCAGGCCCUUCUCGUCCUCGCAUUGCUAGGUUCAACCCUAGUCGGACCGGCGAACUCACAUCAGGAAACCGGCGAGUGGCACUGCGACUCCGAGUCGGAGAUCCGUGUCGAGGCCUCGUUCAGGCCCGGGAUUGUCACUCUCGAUGGCCACGUUGAUGACUGGACGGACAUUUAUGGCUUCGAUUUCUCUCUCUUGCCGGCCUUGGACCCCGACGCCGAUAAGGAGUACGAGGGUGGAAAACUGACCGUUAAGGCUUUGCAUGAUGGCAAGGAUGUUUUCUUCAUGGUACAAGUUGACGGCCAUUAUGCAUACUCUAAAGGUGAGAAUAACAAGUGCCCAUCUGUUGCUCUCAUGUUUCAAACUGGGGAAAAUGCCACAUAUCAUAGAAUGGGUGGGUGUGUUCAAGGACCAGAUACUUGCACCAGCAAAACAUGCCAUGGACAUGAAGUAGAUAUCAUGCACUUCUCAAUAGGAAAUGCCAUUCCUGGGCGACUCUAUGGUGGUAAUUCAAUAGACAACAGUAUUGGAAAUGGAGGUGACAGGUUUGGGCACUUGGUUGAUACUUAUGCUUGGAAUCCACACUGUCAUUUCCUUGAUGGACUUGGUCCUUCAGGAAAUGAUACUAGUGCUCAGAACAACUGGAAAGGGGUUUGGUGGCACAGCAGCUUAACUAGUGACUCAGGUUUUGUGGAGGAAGAUAGCCCAUAUACAUCAGAUGGACAAAAGGGCACUUUUUAUUUUGAGUUCUCAAGGCCUUUGAGAACCAUGGAUCGUCUUCAACAGGAUGCUCAGUUCACCAUUGGCAAGACAAGCAAGGUAUCAAUCGCCUUUUGGUACCCGACAGACGGGAAACCAUGGCAUGGAUCUGGACACUACUCUAUUAGCUGCGAUUGGGUGGCAUUGGACAUCUUGGCAGGAAGCUCUGGAUCUAGUAAGACCCAUAAAAACCCAUGGGAUGCAGCCACUGCCUUCUCCCUCCUCUUCUCUGUAGUUGCCUUUUGUCUUUCUGUUUUUGUUGGGCAUCGAGUUUCCACCCAAAAGGGUGUGCCCUUUACACCUAUGAACAAUCUCUAGGACAGUCAUCACAUUCCUAUGGUCAGAUUAUGUGGUGUGCCCUUUACACCUAUGAACAAUCUCUAGGACAGUCAUCACAUUCCUAUGGUCAGAUUAUCUUUCCACAAUCUUUGGCACAUUCAUAGGUUCAAUUUAUCAUACCUUUUUAUAGUUUGAUUC